AUGAGCCUGCGCGCGAGCGCGGGCCCGCUGUCGGCGUCCGAGGCCGAGCUGAUUGGCGACGAGCUGCUGUGCAUGGGCGCCGUCAGCGUCAGCGUCGAGGAGUACCGUCCCGACGGCAUCGAGCGCCAGAAGAUCUACGGCGCCGGCGCGGGGCUGUGGGACGCCUGCCAGGUCGUCGCGACGUUCCCCCUCGGGACCGACGUCGCGGCCGCGUGGGGCGCCGCGGCGACCGUCCUCGGGCCCGACAAACCCGCGCCGGACAUCGCUGUCGAAGCGGUUUACACCGAGGAGUGGAUCGACGCCGUGAAGCAGGAAUACAAGCCCGUGGAGGUGUCGCCGGGCAUGUGGAUUGUCCCGGCGGGCGGCGACGCCGGCGCGGCGGCCGGCGCGGACAUGACGAUAACGCUCGAGCCCGGAAUGGCGUUUGGCACGGGCGAGCACCCGACGACGCGCCUCUGCCUGGGCUACCUCCGCCGCGCCACGCGCCCCGGGGACGUGGUCAUGGACUACGGCGCGGGCUCGGGGGUCCUGGCGAUCGCGUGCGUGCUGCUCGGGGCUAAGCGCGCCGUGUGCGUCGACGUCGACCCGUUCGCGGUGCGCGCGGCCGCGAUCAACGCGGAGUGGAACGGCGUCGCUGCGAGCGUGCGGAGCAUCGUGUGCGGGGCGGGGCCGGAGGACCCGGAGCCGAUGGCAGCCGCGGGGCUCGGGGACGGCGGGGGGGCGUUUACGCUGGUGGCGGCGAACAUCCUGCAGGGGCCGCUGGAGGCGCUAGCGGGGCGGCUCGGGUGGUACGCGGCGCCGGGGGCGCGGCUGGUGCUGAGCGGGAUCCUCGAGGAGCAGGCGCGGGACGUGAUGCGACGGUACGCGGCGGAGGGGUUCGAGGGGUUCGAGGUGGAGGUGCAGGGCGGCUGGGCGUGCGUGACUGCGCGGAAGAAGGCCUGA